UGGGCCGGCCCGCCCCCUCGGAUGGCGUUCCGCGGGGUAGACAGGGACCCUGCCGGCCCACGCGGGGAGGCCAUGUAGAGGGCCGCAUCGGAGGCACUCGCUGACGCUCGGGCACCAUGGACGACGCCGCGGUCCUCAAACGACGGGGCUACAUCAUGGGCAUCAACCUGGGGGAGGGCUCCUACGCCAAAGUGAAAUCCGCCUAUUCCGAGCGGCUCAAGUUCAACGUGGCGGUCAAGAUCAUCGACCGCAGGAAAGCCCCCACCGACUUCCUGGAGAAAUUCCUGCCCCGGGAGAUCGAGAUCCUGGCCAUGCUUAACCACCGCUCCAUCAUCAAGACCUACGAGAUCUUCGAGACGUCAGAUGGCAAGGUCUACAUCGUCAUGGAGCUGGGCGUGCAGGGCGACCUGCUGGAGUUCAUCAAGGGCCGCGGGGCCCUGCACGAGGAUGACGCCCGCAAGAAGUUCCAGCAGCUCUCGUCGGCCAUCAAGUACUGCCACGACCUGGACGUGGUCCACCGCGACCUCAAGUGCGAGAACCUCCUCCUCGACAAGGACUUCAACGUCAAGCUCUCCGACUUCGGCUUCUCCAAGCGCUGCCACCGCGACGACUCCGGGAAGCUCUUGCUCAGCAAGACUUUCUGCGGGUCGGCGGCCUACGCGGCGCCCGAGGUGCUGCAGGGCAUCCCCUACCAGCCCAAGGUGUACGACAUCUGGAGCCUGGGCGUCAUCCUGUACAUCAUGGUCUGCGGGUCCAUGCCCUACGACGACUCCAACAUCAAGCGCAUGCUGCGCGUCCAGAAGGAGCACCGGGUCCACUUCCCGCGAUCCAAGCACCUGACCAGCGAGUGCAAGGACCUCAUCUACCGCAUGCUGCAGCCCGACGUGCACCGGCGGCUGCGCAUCGACGACAUCCUCGGCCACUGCUGGCUGCAGCCCGUGCAGCCCGCCAGGACCGCCACCCUGUCUGCCACGGCCCUGCCCAAGGACGGCGAGACCUCCCGGGGCCAACUGGACCAGCUCCGGCUGCCGGAAGUCAACACGCAUAAGUCCCCGAGCAAGCUGGACAACACGGUGGGGUCAGCGACCACGGACCAAGAGAGAGCCGCUCGGGCGGCGACGCCGAGCCGGGAGAUGACGGCCCGAGAGGUGGAGGCGGCUCAUGAGACGGCGGCCCAAGAGACCAGGGUUCGGGAGGCGGUGGCGGUGGCAGUGGUGGCGGCAGCCGGGCCUUUGGAGAUUCCGGGAUCCCACGAUCAAUGGUCCGAGACGCCCAAGAAGAGCAGCCACUCCACGCCCAGGCAGGUGCCCGAAGACCCCCGGGAGCCCAGGGACCCGCCGCCGGCCCCGGGCCCCUGAGCCCCCGAGCAGAGCCGGGCCGGCCCCGCCCUGCCGGACCAACCCCUCCCUGCCCUCCCGGACCAGCCCCUGCGGGUGGCGUGGGAGUUCAGGGUCCGUGAAUCACAGCUAUUUUUGUUCCCCCUUUCUCGCGUCCCUCCCUUCCCCUCGGGUGAGAGCCUAUGACCGAACAAUAAAGCAGGAACUCACAGAG